AUAAUCUGUUGGCUCAAAUCUGCUGCUGCCACACCCUGUGCCUCUCAGGGUCCCUGGGUCCUGUUGCAGUUAUCAUAUGCCUCACCUUUAACCUAAAUGACCCUGGGAAGUGGCUGCUAUUGAAGGAUUUACUGAAUGCAAAAUGGAUUUUCUUCCUUGCUCUUUGGGGUAAAGCUGGCUCAGAGAUUCUUAGCUGCAGGGGGAGGGGCUGGCAGGCCUGAACUGCAGUUGGACUUAGCGGCCAGGGGUUUUCUGGUUUUCAUUAAAAUUCUCUGGCUGUCUUUCGGGAUAGCUCCAUUGGAUAUGACUGUGCACUGGAGCCGGUUGUGCUGUUCUCUCAGCCAUACACACCCAUCAAAUUACAGUGCCCCUGAGGACAAGAGAAAAUUGAAGCUGUGUAAAUGAGUAUGGAAGAUUAUGAUUUCCUGUUCAAAAUUGUUUUAAUUGGCAACGCUGGUGUGGGGAAGACGUGCCUCGUCCGAAGAUUCACUCAGGGUCUUUUCCCCCCAGGUCAAGGAGCCACAAUUGGAGUAGAUUUUAUGAUUAAGACAGUGGAGAUUAAUGGUGAAAAAGUGAAGCUACAGAUCUGGGACACAGCAGGUCAAGAGAGAUUUCGGUCCAUCACCCAGAGUUAUUACCGAAGCGCCAAUGCCUUGAUCCUCACUUAUGACAUCACCUGUGAGGAAUCCUUCCGUUGCCUUCCUGAGUGGCUGCGGGAGAUAGAACAAUAUGCCAGCAACAAGGUCAUCACUGUGUUAGUGGGCAACAAGAUUGAUCUGGCUGAAAGGAGAGAGGUCUCCCAGCAGCGAGCUGAAGAAUUCUCAGAAGCUCAGGACAUGUAUUAUCUGGAGACCUCAGCCAAGGAAUCUGAUAAUGUGGAAAAACUCUUCCUUGACUUAGCAUGCCGACUCAUCAGUGAAGCCAGACAGAACACACUUGUGAACAAUGUAUCCUCACCCUUACCUGGAGAAGGGAAAAGCAUCAGCUAUUUGACUUGUUGUAAUUUCAACUAAAGGCUGAGGCACAGAGAAGCAAAAGGAAUCAGCAACUGCCCUGAUGGGCCAUGAGAUGCUGGGGAGAUCUGGCGAUGACUAUGGCUCCCGCUCUCGGACCUUCUGACUCCUGUGGGCUCCUGAGCUUACAAAAAGCAUGGCAGGCCAAGGGCCUCGACCACAGGACAGCAUUAGCAGAACAUAUAAUGGUUUCACCCUUUUGCAGUCUGGAGUUGGAGCAAGGAGGAAAUUGCACUAGGCACUCCAUGAUCUGCAGAGCAUGUUGCUUUUGUUUUUUUAAAAAGCAAGUAAAAGCGCAUUCCCAAACAGAGUCCAGGGGGAAAUGUACUGUAGGGAUCCCUCCUGCACAUCAGUGGGUGCAUGUGGGAGCUGUUCUUUAGGGCUUCGGUGGUAAUCUUCUGGGGGCCCUGGUUUUCUUGUCUACCAGAUAAACCAAAACUGGGAAGGCCAAGUACAGUCUCUCUGUGGUACGUCUUGACGACCCCAUGGAGAUUUUGCAAAGUGUUACUUCUCUUGUCCACAGGCACUUUCAAGAACUUUGGGAUGUAAAAAUGAAAUGAAACCUUUACCCAUGACCAACAGUAACAAUCAUUGUUUUAAUAAUAUAUACAAGCUCCAUGACUCCUUUUGGUGCUAAUGAUUCUGCUAUUUCACAGACCAAACGUUUUAGUAUAUUGAUGUCCUUAAAUGUAUUAUAUAGAAAUAAAAAAAUGGGGGAAGUCCAUGAAUCAGCACUCUUUCUAAAAGUCUCAUUACUACCUUUUUAAAGGUGGAUUUUUGGGAAAAGAGAAUACUUUUCCUUUUAUGGUCCCUUCUGAAUCUCUACCAUUCUCUUCUCUUGUCUCUCCAGCCCUUUAAGUAAAUGAAAAAGUUUGCAAACUGAAAAACAAAUAAAUAAAUGUUUGAUGAUAUUCUAAUAUAAAAGCUUAGCUCUAAGAUAUUUUGAGUAGUAUGAGGAAACAGACCAGAUAUGACCAAAAUACUGUGGAUUAAGGGACUGUAGUGCAGGGCUCCAAGCAGAGCACAGUCCUUGAUAGUAGGUCACAUCUUUUACUUCCUGGUACUCUCCAUCUUGGACAGACCAAGGCUUAGGAUUUUGUAGAUUUUUUUAGUAUGAUAAGUGAGAAUAGCAACAGAUGAAAAGUCUCACGACCCAUUUUUAUAUCUUUGAUGAUAACCUUAGAAAAAUUCUGCUUGUGGAAGCAGAUCGAACUGUCAUUUUUUCCCCUCCUUCUUGUAAUAAUGUUACCCUCAGAUGCUUAACCAUACGUUCUUCCUUUUUUCUUUCUUUUCCUCUUUUUGUGGUCUCUCCUUUUCUUCUUCCCUCCUUCCCUCCCUCCCUCCUUUCUUCCUUCCCUCUCACCCUUAUAUGCAUGUGUUACUGCGAAUCUCCAAUUCAAAUGGAGGUGUAUAUGCCUUUACUUAGCCAAUUUUAAAACAGGACUCAAAAUGGAAGAUGUGCUGCUGAAUAUAUGUUUCUGUUUCUUCAGUGCCAUACUUUGAUAGCUUCCAAUUUGUUCACUGAUAUAAAUGCAAAUUGGGGAAAUAAUUAAGCCUGUAUGCUGUUGAUGCUGUCAAAUGUUUCUGUAGCUUGCUGCUUAGCAUAACUGAGGGAUGAGUAAUGGAAUAAGGAUAUGAUGUGUAAUUCCACUGUUGCUGUAGAUGGUGACAAUCUCAGUCCUGAUAUGUUGAUAUUUGAAAGCUAUUUAAUUGUAAAGAAAUGAGUCAUGUAGAAACAUGAUGUUCAUAAAGCAUUUCUAGCAUUUCUCUAGCAGAUUCCAGAUUGACCAGUCUCUCGCACAUGGGAUUAUGCAUAUUUUUUAAGGGACUGAUAACUUUUGGUUGGCCUCACUGUGUUUUCCUGAUCCUGUGGGAAAGAGAAAGGGAUCCCAGAAGUUUGUUUUUCUUUUAGAAUCGGUCUCUGCAGGAAAGAAAAGUCAUUUUAAUAGAACCAAAAUAAUUUAUAAUAAUUGUUGCCUUUCCCUCCCCAUCCUCUCCACUAAGCCAGCAACUAAAGGUAUUCAGAAAACAAGUUAAUCCAGGUGGGUAAAAGAACUUUUUUAAACUUUAAGGAAAUGUUCCUAAGUUUAGAUUGAUUACCUGUCAUUUAGGGCAAAAAUCCAGUGCCCCCAGCACAUGAUGACCCAACUUUGUCUCCCAGUAGCAAGUGUUGAAAAUAAAGUUGCUUUGUGAACUUAGAGGAAAUGGUUGUGUUAGAUUGGACUGAUUUAGUUGCAGAAUAACACCUUUUAUGGCGAUACUUAUAUUAUUCCCUAGGGGUUAGCCUUCUCUGUAUAUCCAUGGCCAGACAGAAUGGGAGUUAAAAAACUGUGUGGUCUUGGCCUCUUUCUUCCCUGUUGCUCCUCCCAGCCUUUCUAUAACUUAUCAUCCAUGGCUCAUCAGCAGCAACACAUGAGAAGGUGGGACUUUGUUUCUUUUUUUCUUAGUUGUGUGAAUUCCAGAUUAGGCCUUAUGGAUGCUUGUCUACUAAUAUAUCUCGUUUGAAAACAAUCCCUGAAAAUAUUGUAGGUGCAAUAAAUAUUAGUUGAAUAAAUAUUUAAGUGCCAAGAUCAGGGGGAGGCUUUUUUUGAUUAAACAGAAAUCCCUUUAAGUAGAACUUAAUAAAGGACACUAAUUACAGUCAUCUUAAUCCAGGCCAGGACCUAAAUUUAUUGGUUUGCCUAACAGUCUUAUUGCCAUGGCAAUAUUUGCUAAGAUGAGUCUUUAGAUAAAAAUGAAUUCUCAUUUAGUGGUGGAUGAAAAAAGAGAAAUUGCUUUAUCAUAAUUUAAUUCGGCUUUGGUCUGCUAAGACUACCAGGGUUUGUGUAUUCCACCAUUUUUGGUGUGAUCUUUUUCUUCUUUCAAUAAAGUUAUUAAAUAUAUGGCAAAA